AUGCCAAACAGGCCAACAGUCAAAAGAAAAAGGGAUGCCUCAAAAAGGUCUAGAAGACACGCUGUUUCAAAGGCAGAGAAAAAGUUUUCUUGUGGCAUAUACAAAGAGAAAUGGCACAACAAGACCAAUUGCACACAAAUGCAAUGGCCACCUAAUACUAAUGCGAAAAAGAAACAAAAAAUCAUGCAAACACAAGAAUCAGUAAAUAUGCAAGGAGGUAGAGAAGAUGUUGUGAUGGGUGAUAGAGUUGAGCCACAAAAUGUUGAAGUAAUGAGGGAAAAUGGAUCUGAGCAAGAGGUGGGGGUUAAUAAAGUUCCAAGGCAAGUGAAAACUACAUGUCAACCAAAGAGCAGAAAGAAGUCAGAGAAAUUUUUUAAACUAAAGCUUGCUAAAAGAGUUGCACGUAAAGGUGGCAGUGUUGGAUCGCUAAUGGAGUUAGAUUAA